AUGGAUCAAAAGGGAGCAACAUUUCCUGAAUAUAGUGCAACAUCAUUGCCGCCAUCAUCGAACCUUUACAAUGUUGGCCCAUCAAAUUGUUAUGCUUCAUUACAACAAUCAUCAUCAAGUACUACAAUUGCAAGUACUCAUGAUUUUUCACGUGGUACUGCACCUAUGUCAUCAUACUUUUAUCCUAAUUCUUCUUUUCCUGCUUCUGCAUCAGCAGCGGCUGCAGUAGCUGCAGCAGCAACAGUUUCCUGUCCUCCAUAUGGUAGUAGCGCUGGUGUUACCGCUCCACACUUCAUGUAUCAUCAACAAUCUGCUAGUUCACCUGAAGAGCAUUCAACAAAGAUUAUUGAGGGCGGCGAGGUCAGGAUCAAUGGGAAAGGAAAACGUGUACGUAAGCCACGGACUAUUUACACCAGUCUACAGCUUCAAGAAUUACAAAAAAGGUUCCACAAAACACAAUAUUUGGCGCUACCUGAACGGGCUGAACUUGCUUCACGGCUGGGACUUACCCAAACACAAGUACCAGUGGUGUUAAAUGGUUGUCUUUCACUUGAUUAG